AUUCCCGGCGACAGUAACCACAACAUCACGAAGCCUUUUGUCCUGCCUGCAGAAAACGAGCGAUAAACACACACACACACACACACAUACACACAUAUAUAUUUAUAAUUUAUUAAUACUUUCGCAGUAUAACCCAUUUUAAUUUUUUAAUAAAUCUCAUUGAAUGUAAAUCUGAUGAAGAUAGAGGGAUGGCGGAGGAGGAAGAGCGCGGUCCCGGUUCGGUCUAUCAGAUGUUCGUGUUGAUGGAGGAUUUGCUGGAUAAACUGAAAGUUCUGGAUUAUGAGCAGCAGGUUCUGGAAAAACACAACAUUAAACCUCUGUCCAGGCAUUAUUUUGUUUCAAGCCCUCAUGUGCUGUCAAAUCCCGGAGAGCAGUUCUUUAUGUUCAGUGUAAUUGCUGCUUGGUUGAUUUCUCUAUGUGGACGGCCAUUUGACACACCGCAAGAGUACGACGACCCUAACGCCACCGUCUCCAACAUCCUGUCAGAACUGCGUGCACUGGGUGGGCAGGUGGAUUUCUCUCCAUCUAAGCUAAAAUCUGGAUCUGGUGAGCAUGUCUGUUAUGUUCUGGACCAGCUGGUUGAAAAGGCACUAAAGAGCAAAGGAUUUACCUGGAAAAGGCCACUAUACCCAUCUGUGGAGGUGGAAGAUGAGUGUGUGCAGGAAGAUGAUGCUGAACUCACACUCAGUAAAGUGGAAGAAGAGAUGACGCAGGAGGAUGAGGAGUAUGAGGAAGAGGAUGGACUUGAUUUAGACAUGCUGAAGACCAGAACCACUCAAAGUGUGGAGCUCAGGGGUUUGAGACCCACUGUGGUUCUAGAGUCAGAUGUUGAUGCUGCAGAGUGGAAUCUAGAGGUGGAGCGUGUUCUUCCACAACUGAAAGUCACCAUCCGCACUGACAACAAGGAUUGGAGGAUUCAUCUUGAUCAAAUGCAUCAACAUCAGGAUGGCAUCAACACAUCGCUGCAGGACGCCAAGGGUUGUCUGUUUAAGCUGAGAGAGGACAUCACUAAAACUCUGGAGAAAGUGAGCAGUCGUGAGAAAUAUCUCAACACUCAGCUUGAGCAUCUGAUUUCAGAAUACCGUCAAGCACAAACACAACUCAACAAGGUCAAAGAGCUGUAUCAGCAGGCCAGUGGAGGUGUGACCGAGAGAACCAGAAUUCUGGCUGAGAUCAGUGAGGAGCUGGAGAAGGUCAAACAGGAAAUGGAAGAGAAAGGCAGCAGCAUGUCUGACGGAGCUCCAGUGGUGAAGAUCCGUCAGAGUUUGACUAAGCUGAAGCAGGAGAUUGAGCAGAUGGAUGUUCGUAUGGGAGUGGUGGAACACACAUUACUACAAGCCAAACUCAAAGAGAAAAACAACAUGACCAGAGACAUGCAUGCUACACACCUCUUAGAGUCCAACACAUAGACUUACUGACACAUACUAAAUAUAUAACUAGUAAUGUUGUAUGUGGUGGUGGUUAUAUUUAUAUACAUAUUUUAUAAGCGUUUAUAUGUGUUUUUAAGUGUAAAUGACAAAAUAUCUGGUUUUGAACAAUUCAAUAAAUAUUCUCUUUAU